AUGGGAGUUUGUACAUCAACAAAAGUAAGAAAAUACUAGAUAAACAGAACUUUGAUGCCAUAUAAGUAGAAUAAUGUUAUAAUGCUAGAGUUCACAUAUUAGCAGUGAUUUGGCCAAAGAAUUAACAUAAUCUAUUUGAUUUUGAUUCCAAUUCAUAUUUUGUUAAAGAAAUUGAGGUUGAUUUUUCAUGUAUAAAAAUAAGAGUUACAAUUUUAGCUUAAAUAGCAACAGUUGAAAAAGAACUAGUAGCUUUAACUUAAGGAGAAUGUGUUCGAAAUUCGAAUGAAAUAGUGAAUAUUAUUUUGGAUGAAUAGGAUGCAUAUAUUAAUAGUAUUUCUCAAUAACACGAUCAUAAAUUAUGGGCAGUAUUGAAAUUAGAAAAUAGUCAAUUUUAAUCUAUAGAUGUAUGUUAAUUUAAUUAAAGAAUAAGCACAAAGAUUUGAAAAUUGGAGAUGUUAUAAAAUUAGGGAGAGUGAGAAUGUAAUUAUUAGAAUAUGCAUUUAUGACACCUUGUGAUGAAGCUACAUAAUAUUAAGAUGAAUAGGAUGAUGAAGUUUAAUCAAUAAAUGAUGUAUUCAAUUGUAGGAUUUGCUUUUCAAGUAGAGUAAGUGAAAUAAAUCCUUUGAUUCGUCCAUGUAAAUGUGGAGGAUCAGUUAAAUAUAUACAUUUGGAGUGUCUAUAGAAAUGGGUAGGAAUAUAACUUAAAAUAAAAUAAGGAGAGCAUUUUAUACAAUAUCUUUGGAAGAGAUUGGAUUGUGAAAUAUGUAAGGCUACUUUUAGAAAUACUUAUAAAUUUUAAGAUAAAACCUAUUCAGUUCUUAAAUUACCAAAACCUAAGUCAUCUUAUAUCACUUUUAAAAUUACUAAUGAUGAUAAAUAAAAAGAGGCUAUAAUAUAUGUAGUUGAGGUUGGAGAAAAAACAGAAUUAAAAAUUGUAUUUUAUUUUUAAUUACCCUAUAGGGUCGUAUUCCUGAUUGUGAUAUCAAAUUAAGAGAUAUAUCUGUAUCAAGAACGCAUGCAACUCUUAAAUUAAUUCCUACUAAUAAACAUACUCUUGAAAUUCCUGAUUACAUAAUUAGAAUUCAAGAUAAUAAAAGCAAAUUUGGAACACUUGUUUUAGCUUAAGAUUCAGAUUUACUUAAAAUUCCUGAAUAAGGAGUAUAACAAAAUGUAUUAUUUUAAGUGGGAAGGGUCUUACUUUAAUGUACUAAAUAAAAGAAGUAAAAUUAAAAGACAACUUAUAAACAUCCUGAAAAUAUUAGCCUUUCAUUAAAUUAAACUAAAUAAUAAUUUGAAUAGCAAGAGGUUUAAGAAUCAUUCGUUACUCAUGAUGAACUUAUGGAAAGUGACAUCAUUUUACACAAUUCUUAACCUCUAUAAUAAGAAUUAUGUGAUGAAUUUAAUCUCAAAGAUGAUUGUAUUAGAGAUGAAAGAUGA